AUGAAUUUACGGGUUGAUGAGCAUGAUCCAACUCAACCUUUAUUGAGUAAUCAUGUAAAUGAUGAGGGUUUAGAGGAGCAAUCUACUACCAGGGUACGUAGGAAGAAUUCAGUGGCAUCCCAGUUCGUAAGAGCAAGAAGCACGACCAUAAACAGCUUAAGAAGUACAUAUGAGACAGUGAAAGUGCACAAGACUCAGUUUGUGCUUAUUCUGCUUUCCGGGGUUUUAGUUUAUACUGGGUUUCUGUUGGCUUUUAUGCCAAGUACUUCUAUUUCUAGGGAUUUCAGGAGAUUUCAUUUCAGUAAGCUUACCAAAGAAGAAGCAUAUAGAAUAUAUGUGUCUUCAUUACUAAGUAGUAAUAAUGCUAAAAGUCAUUUGCGGAAUUAUACUGCCCACCGGCAUUGGGCAGGGGAUAUGAGAGCUUUACACUAUACGGUGGAGCAGCUACAAUUGCUUGGAUUUAAACCUAAACUGGAAUCAUAUUAUCCAUGGUUGAAUACCCCUAUCAAUACAAGCGUUAGUUUAUGGAUAGAUGGCGAACUCGAUUAUAGUGCUAGUAUGAUUGAAGAUUUUCUAAACGAUGACCCUAGUAGCUCACGGGAGGACUCUGUUAUGUCCUUCAUUGGCUAUUCCGCAAAUGGCAACGUCACGAAGCAAUAUGUCUUCUGUAAUUAUGGGAACCUUGAAGACUACGAGUAUCUAUUGGCUAGUGAAAUUGAUCUCAAAGAUAAAAUCCAUAUAAUCAGGUAUAGUUCCGUCGCUAGAGGAUUAAAGGUCAAAGUAGCCGAAGAACACGGGGCUGCUGCUGUGAUCCUUUAUACCGAUUCUUUUGAUGAUGGACCUAUAACAGAAGCAAAUGGUUAUAAACCUUACCCACAUGGGCCAGCAAGACACGAGAGUAGCAUUCAGAGAGGCACCGUUUUGUACUUUAGUGAUCAACCAGGAGAUCCAACAACUCCUGGCCGUGCUCCCAAGUCACCAAACACCACUAGGAAAUCGCCAAAAGGUAAAAUUCCGGAUAUUCCUUCGGUUGCUGUAAGCGAACGAGAGAUUGCUCCAAUAUUGAGACAGUUGAACUAUAAAGGUGUCAAAAUAGGGCGUGGUGGUAACGUACGUGGAUUUGAAUACUUUACCGGUCCUUCUGAUCCUAAUACUAAGGUUAACGUUUAUAAUCACCAGAAUUACGAAAUUAAAGAAAUUACUAAUGUAGUUGUAGAAAUACCGGGAUUGCUCUAUGAUAAUGAAGUUAUCAUCGGAAAUCACAGAGAUUCUUGGACAUCUGGUGGUGCAGGUGAUCCGAACAGUGGAAGCGCUGUACUUUUGGAAGUUGCACGAGGCUUAAGUGCUAUAAUUAAAAAGGGAUGGAAGCCACUAAGAACAAUUAAAUUAAUCAGCUGGGAUGCCGAGGAGUAUGGUUCGAUAGGCUCCACCUCAUAUGGCGAGGACCAUGCUGAAGAUAUCACUGCAAAAGCCGUUGCUUAUUUGAAUCUUGACGUAGCAGUUAUAGGUACAGAAUUUGGUUGUGCUGCCAACCCAUUGUUAGAAAGUCUUUUUGUCCGAGCUUCAAAGUAUACACCUUUUAAAAGACAAAUAGAUGUUACACUCUAUGACUAUUGGAAAUCAAGUUCAAACCUGAGCACUAAGGUACUUGGAGCGGGCUCGGAUUUCGCAGUCUUCCAAGAUCACCUUGGUAUUCCGUCCGGAGAUGUUCGUUUUACUACCAAUAUCACAAAAGACGCUGUAUACCAGUACCAUUCUAAUUAUGAUACCUAUACUUGGCUUGAAAAAUAUAUUGACCCUGGAUACCAAUUGCACAACACUUUAGCAAUAUUUGUUGGUAUGUCUACACUGAUGAUAUCCGAAGAUGAGUUACUCGAUUUCAAGACAAGCAACUACAUGGCCACCAUUUGGCAUCACUACCAGGAUUUGUACGGCCUUGUAAACGUAACUUUCCCCGAAAACACAAAGAUUGCAUCUCUCUCAGCCGCUUUAUCAGAUCAAUUACAAUUGGUAACUUUCCAUUCAAGCUAUCAGUUUGAUGAAAAUGCAAAUGAUUUGCGCAAGGAUGUUAUAUGCGAGUAUCCAUGGUGGAAAUUUUACAAAAAAAUUGCUAUCUACAGACGUCUAAUAAACACAAAUAAAAAGCUGAAGCAGCUAGAUCGUAUUUUUUUAACUGAAAGAGGACUGAAGGGCAGGCCCUGGAUGAAACAUUCUAUUUUCGGUCCUAAUAAAGUUUUAGGGUAUUCCGGAGAUGUUCUGCCAGGUCUUCAUGAAGCCAUACUCUCCAAAGAUUCUGAUGGAGUUAUUGAAUGGUUAAAGAUUCUAUCUACACAGAUUGACUAUGUUACUUCUUUAUUAACUGUUGAGAUCUGA